CUGGAUAAUGAGAGGCUUACUGCUGAGGAGAUGGAUGAACGGAGAAGGCAGAAUGUGGCUUAUGAGUACCUUUGUCAUUUGGAAGAAGCAAAGAGGUGGAUGGAAGCAUGCCUUGGGGAAGACCUGCCGCCCACCACAGAACUGGAGGAGGGACUGAGGAAUGGGGUUUACCUUGCCAAACUAGGAAACUUCUUCUCUCCCAAAGUGGUUUCUCUGAAAAAAAUCUACGAUCGAGAGCAGACCAGAUACAAGGCAACUGGCCUCCACUUUAGACACACUGAUAAUGUGAUUCAGUGGCUGAAUGCCAUGGGCGAGAUUGGAUUGCCUAAGAUUUUUUAUCCAGAAACUACAGAUAUUUAUGAUCGAAAGAAUAUGCCAAGAUGCAUCUACUGUAUCCAUGCACUCAGUUUGUACCUGUUCAAACUUGGCCUGGCUCCUCAGAUUCAAGACCUGUAUGGAAAGGUUGACUUCACAGAAGAAGAAAUUAACAACAUGAAGAUUGAACUGGAGAAGUAUGGAAUCCAGAUGCCUGCCUUCAGCAAGAUCGGGGGCAUCCUGGCUAAUGAACUCUCCGUGGAUGAAGCUGCAUUACAUGCUGCUGUCAUUGCUAUUAAUGAAGCUAUUGACCAUCAAGUUCCAACCGACACCUUUGCAGCUCUGAAAAACCCCAACGCCAUGCUUAUAAAUCUUGAAGAAGCCUUGUCUUCCACUUACCAGGAUGUGCUCUACCAAGCCAAGCAGGACAAAAUGACAAAUGCUAAAAACAGGACGGAGAACUCAGAGAGAGAGAGGGAUGUUUAUGAGGAACUGCUCACGCAGGCCGAAAUCCAAGGCAAUAUAAACAAAGUCAACGCAUAUUCCGCCUUAGCAAAUAUCGACCUGGCUUUAGAGCAGGGAGCUGCACUGGCAUUGUUCAAGGCCCUGCAGUCACCUGCUCUGGCUCUGCGAGGCCUGGAGCAACAGAACAGUGAGUGGUACUUAAAGCAGCUCCUGAGUGACAAACAGCAGAAGACACAGAGCGGUCAGAUUGGGCCCCUGCAGAAGGAGGAGCUGCAGUCUGGAGUGGAUGCUGCCAACAGUGCCGCGCAGCAGUAUCAGAGAAGAUUGGCUGCAGUGGCUGCAAUUAAUGCUGCGAUCCAGAAGGGUGUUGCGGAGAAGACUGUGUUGGAGCUAAUGAAUCCUGAAGCCCAGCUGCCCCAGGUGUAUCCAUUUGCUGCUGAUCUGUAUCAGAAAGAACUGGCUACCCUGCAGCAGCAGAGUCCUGAACACAGCCUCACCCAUCCUGAGCUGGCUGUCGCCGUGGAGAUGUUGUCCUCGGUGGCCCUCAUCAACAGGGCCUUGGAAUCAGGAGACAUGAAUACAGUGUGGAAACAGCUGAGCAGUUCCGUCACAGGCCUGACCAACAUUGAGGAAGAGAAUUGCCAGAGGUAUCUCGAUGAUUUGAUGAAGCUGAAAGCUCAGGCACGCGCAGAGAAUAAUGAAUUUGUCACCUGGAAUGACAUCCAAGCUUGUGUGGACCACGUGAAUCUGGUGGUGCAAGAAGAGCAUGAGAGGAUUUUAGCCAUUGGUUUAAUUAACGAAGCCCUGGAUGAAGGGGAUGCCCAAAAGACCCUGCAAGCCUUGCAGAUUCCUGCGGCCAAGCUUGAGGGAGUGCAGGCAGAAGUGGCCCAGCACUACCAAGACACGCUGAUCAGAGCAAAGAGAGAAAAGGCCCAGGAAACCCAGGAUGAGUCUGCUGUGCUGUGGCUGGAUGAAAUUCAGGGUGGAAUCUGGCAGUCCAACAAAGACACCCAAGAAGCACAGAAGUUUGCCUUGGGAGUCUUGGCGAUUAAUGAGGCAGUAGACAGUGGGGAUGUUGGCAAAACCCUGAGUGCCCUUCGUUCCCCUGAUGUUGGAUUGUAUGGUGUCAUCCCUGAAUGUGGUGAAACUUACCAAAGUGACCUUUCUGAAGCCAGGAAGAAUAAACUGGCAGCAGGCGACAAUCAGAGCAAGUGGGUGAAGCACUGGGUGAAAGGUGGCUAUCACUAUUACCACAAUCUGGAGACCCAGGAAGGAGGAUGGGAUGAACCCCAAAACUUUGUGCAAAAUUCUGUGCAUCUCUCUCGAGAAGAGAUCCAGAGUUCCAUCUCUGGGGUGACUGCGGCAUAUAACCGAGAACAGCUCUGGCUGGCCAACGAAGGCUUGAUCACCAAGCUGCAGGCUUGCUGCCGUGGAUACUUAGUUCGCCAAGAAUUCCGAUCCAGGAUGAAUUUCCUGAAGAAGCAAAUCCCUGCUAUCACCUGCAUUCAGUCGCAGUGGAGGGGAUACAAGCAGAAGAAGUCCUAUCAAGAUCGCUUAGCUUACCUGCGCUCCCAUAAAGAUGAAGUUAUAAAGAUUCAGUCACUGGCCAGGAUGCAUCAAGCGAGGAAGCGCUAUAGAGAUCGUCUACAAUAUUUCCGAGACCAUAUAAAUGACAUUGUCAAAAUCCAAGCUUUUAUUCGGGCAAACAAAGCUCGUGAUGACUACAAGACUCUCAUAAAUGCUGAGGACCCUCCUAUGAUUGUGGUCCGAAAAUUUGUCCACCUGCUGGAUCAAAGCGAUCAGGAUUUUCAAGAGGAACUUGACCUUAUGAAGAUGCGGGAAGAGGUUAUCACCCUCAUUCGUUCUAACCAGCAGCUGGAGAAUGACCUCAACCUCAUGGAUAUCAAAAUUGGGCUGCUAGUGAAGAAUAAGAUUACACUGCAGGAUGUGGUUUCCCACAGUAAAAAACUUACCAAAAAAAAUAAAGAACAGUUAUCUGAUAUGAUGAUGCUAAAUAAGCAGAAGGGCGGCCUGAAGGCUUUGAGCAAGGAGAAGAGAGAGAAAUUAGAAGCUUAUCAGCACCUGUUUUACUUAUUGCAGACCAAUCCCACCUAUCUGGCCAAGCUGAUUUUUCAGAUGCCCCAGAACAAAUCCACCAAGUUCAUGGACUCUGUAAUCUUCACGCUGUACAACUAUGCAUCCAACCAGCGAGAGGAGUACCUGCUCUUGCGGCUCUUUAAGACAGCCCUCCAGGAGGAAAUUAAGUCAAAAGUUGAUCAGAUUCAAGAAAUUGUGACAGGGAAUCCAACCGUUAUUAAGAUGGUUGUAAGUUUCAACCGCGGUGCCCGAGGCCAAAAUGCCCUGCGACAGAUCUUGGCCCCUGUUGUGAAAGAGAUUAUGGAUGACAAAUCUCUCAACAUCAAAACUGACCCUGUGGAUAUCUACAAAUCUUGGGUUAACCAGAUGGAAUCUCAGACAGGAGAAGCAAGCAAACUGCCCUAUGAUGUGACUCCUGAUCAGGCUUUGGCUCAUGACGAGGUCAGGACACGGCUGGACAACUCCAUUAGGAACAUGCGUGCCGUGACUGACAAGUUCCUCUCUGCCAUCAUCAGCUCUGUGGACAAAAUCCCUUAUGGGAUGCGCUUCAUUGCCAAAGUGCUGAAGGACUCAUUACAUGAGAAGUUCCCUGAUGCUGGUGAGGAUGAGCUGCUGAAGAUUAUUGGUAACUUGCUUUACUACCGAUACAUGAAUCCAGCCAUCGUUGCCCCUGAUGCCUUUGACAUCAUUGACCUGUCGGCCGGAGGCCAGCUUACAACAGACCAGCGCCGAAAUCUUGGCUCCAUUGCAAAAAUGCUCCAGCACGCAGCUUCCAAUAAGAUGUUUCUGGGCGAUAAUGCUCACUUAAGCAUAAUUAAUGAAUAUCUUUCCCAGUCCUACCAGAAAUUCAGACGAUUUUUCCAAACUGCUUGUGAAGUCCCAGAGCUUCAGGAUAAAUUUAAUGUGGACGAGUACUCUGACUUAGUAACCCUCACCAAACCAGUUAUCUACAUUUCCAUUGGUGAAAUCAUCAACACCCACACUCUCUUGCUAGAUCAUCAGGACGCCAUUGCUCCAGAGCACAACGACCCGAUCCACGAGCUGCUGGAUGACCUUGGGGAGGUGCCCACCAUUGAGUCUUUGAUAGGGGAAAGUUCUGGCAAUGUAAAUGACCCAAAUAAGGAGGCACUGGCUAAGACAGAAGUCUCUCUCACGCUGACCAACAAGUUUGAUGUGCCUGGAGAUGAAAAUGCAGAAAUGGAUGCUCGCACCAUCUUGCUGAACACAAAACGUUUAAUUGUGGAUGUCAUCCGCUUCCAGCCAGGAGAGACCUUGACUGAAAUCCUAGAAACACCAGCCACCAGUGAACAGGAAGCAGAACAUCAGAGAGCCAUGCAGAGACGCGCUAUUCGUGAUGCCAAAACUCCUGACAAGAUGAAAAAGUCAAAAUCUGUAAAAGAAGACAGCAACCUCACCCUUCAGGAGAAGAAGGAGAAGAUCCAGUCAGGCUUAAAGAAGCUAACAGAGCUUGGGACUGUGGACCCAAAGAACAGAUACCAGGAGCUGAUCAACGACAUUGCCAGGGAUAUUCGGAAUCAGCGGCGAUACCGACAGAGGAGAAAGGCUGAACUUGUGAAAUUGCAACAAACGUACUCUGCCCUGAACUCUAAGGCCACCUUCUAUGGGGAGCAGGUGGACUACUAUAAGAGCUACAUCAAAACCUGCUUGGAUAACUUAGCCAGCAAGGGCAUGGUCUCCAAAAAGCCGAGGGAGAUGAAAGGAAAGAAAAGCAAAAAGAUUUCUCUGAAAUACACAGCAGCGAGACUCCACGAGAAAGGCGUUCUUCUGGAAAUUGAAGACCUGCAAGCGAAUCAGUUUAAAAAUGUUAUCUUUGAAAUCAACCCAACAGAAGAAGUUGGAGACUUUGAAGUAAAAGCCAAAUUCAUGGGAGUUCAAAUGGAGACUUUUAUGUUGCAUUAUCAGGACCUGUUACAGCUACAGUAUGAAGGCGUUGCAGUUAUGAAAUUAUUUGAUAGAGCUAAAGUAAAUGUCAACCUCCUGAUCUUCCUUCUCAACAAAAAGUUCUACGGGAAGUAAUUGAUUGCUUGCUGACAGCCCAGAAGAAUGAAGGGAAGAAGUACCUCUCGGCCCUUCAGGGCCCUUCUCUACCCCCUGCAAGCAACAAAGCUCCAGCCCAGGACCAUGCCUCAACCCAGUCCAUUCCCAAUGCCACUCCUGUUCCGAUGAUGCAUUUUUGCCCCGUUUUUCAUAGUGAACUUUUUAUCUCAGGCUUCGCCUGACCCUUCUGGUUCCUGUUUCCUUCAGUCAUUUAAGCACAGAGUGGAAAUCCCAUAAAAACUUCUCUUUAUAUUGUUCUUGCCUUAAAGGUUACAUUCCUAUAUGGUGAGCUUUUGGUGUUUAAUUACCAAUAAGGAUGGUGGGAUUUGAAUUCUUGUUAUUUGGAAGUGGAAUCUCUUAGCACCAGCAACAUACAUAUAUACAUACAUACUAUACGAGGGAGCUUCAAAGUGUUUGUGGGAAAAAUCCAUUACCUUUUAUUUCCAUUUCCCACAAACUCUUUGAAGCCCCUCAUAUAAGAUAAAGUGAAAAUGUCAGAUUGGCUACAGUUACGAGGUUGUGUAGUCUCUGCCCCAUCAGCAUAACUAAAAGCUGGUGAGGAAUCACUGGAGCAGGGAAGAGGGUUGUUUUUAAAUGUUAGCAUCAAAUUCUGGGCGAUUCUUAUAUAAAUCUCCUGCCAGUGAAUGGGAGAGCCUAUUGAUCCAACUCAGCUAGUCUGCGUACAUUCAGAACUGGAUGAGGUCCCCCUCUAGGUGACUAGUGUAUUUGUGUUGGUGCCCAGAGGUUGACUGGGUUCAGGAAGACAGUCUUCCAUCCUUGCCACAACAGAAAUGGAUUAGAUUUAGCUGCAAAUGUAAUUGCCUUUAAAAUCUUUUUAUAUCUUAAGAGUGCCUUAUUAUAGAUUUACUUCUUAAAAUGUGGGUGAUAGGAAUUGUAAAGACUUAUGUAAUGCUUCAAAAGCCUUUAGAAUACUGUAAGAAAAUGAUUUUUUAUAUAAAUUGGCUUAUUUGUAUAUCUGAACUCUUGAAACUUUCUUAUAGCUAAAACACUAGGAUUUGUUUGCAGAAUUGCAGAGAAAUAAUCCUACCUUAAAGAGUCUAGAACGACACCAGCCAACUCCUGUGACGUUGGCUAUGAGUCUUUUGCCCUCACUUCUUUCUCUUCUUCCCCUGCUGUCCACCUUGUACCGUUAUAUUGUGAACCCGUUUUCUGUGUUUCUUUCUUUUUUAAAGAAAGUCACAUCUAAACAUUGGAUUGAGGAAAUUUUUGUUCUUACAAAGUCAUGUCCUUUUUGAAGAAUAUGCUUAUCCAGGAAAAUAUACUGCAAUCAUGCUACCAAACCACCACCAUCUCUGACGUUGGCUCAGUGUUUUUUGUAGUAAAAUGUAAAGCUGAACAUAAUAAAUGAAAGUUUUAAAAAUGUACUGAGGUAUAUUUACAGCUGAUCACGUGUUUUAAUGAAUAGCAAAUUGAGUAGUGUGCUUUUGUUGCGAGUUUAAAUCCCUGGCUCACCUUACCCAUCAGGUUCAUGGUGUACAGAUGGGGCUUGUGGGAGUUUUCCCACUGGGGCUGGCCAGAGCCACACCGGGCACUUAGGAGAGCCCUAGAAGAUGGGCAAUGGUCAGUGUGGAGCACCAAGUCAGGAUUCUCUCCUAUCUUCACCCUGGUUUUAUGCUGUUUGGGGACCAAAAAAAUUUUAAGUAAAUGUCUUUUCAGAUUGGGGAAAAAACAACGUUAUUAUGGUUAGCAUCACUGCAGAGUGAACAACCAAAGUGUCGAGAUCCUAUUUCUUUGAAAGAAGAUGCCCUUCCCAAAUGCCUUGUUAGCUUCAAGACCACGUCAAGACAAUAAUGGACAAAGUUUACAACUCCUUAAAUAAUGUCAAUUAUUUGUAAAAAUGAAAAUUUCCUUAACACAACUUCUAAUACAAACAGCAUGGAAUGCAAGUCAAGAAGUUUUAUGAUAAAUACAGAGAAUUAGAGUCUGAGAGUGUAGAUAAUGCCUUGAUAAACUCACAUCCUGGCAUUGAAACCAGUAGCUUUUAUUACUUUUAUUUAUUAGCUGAAGCAUUCUCCUGUCUCAUCUCUCCUGACCUCCCUUCAGGCAUCAUGACAUUUACCAUGACCGUCAAGAAUCUAUACUGCCAUCAGAUUGUUGCUGCGCACAUCGCCUUUGUAUCCCUAUGAAAUAAAAGGUCAUUUGUUCA